AUGACGUGUCAGGAAGCCCCGGAAGCUGUCAGUAGUGUCUCCAAAAUGGCCUACCAGACCCUCCAGCAGGAAUAUUUACAGAUUCCUGUUGUUACCAGGGCUUACACAACGGCCUGCGUCCUCACCACGGCUGCAGUGCAACUGGAGAUCAUCACACCGUUCCAGCUCUACUUCAACCCAGACCUGAUUCUGAAGAACUACCAGGUAUGGAGACUCAUCACCAACUUCCUGUUCUUCGGUCCAGUGGGCUUCAAUUUCCUGUUCAACAUGAUAUUUUUGUACCGGUACUGCCGGAUGCUGGAGGAAGGCUCCUUCAGGGGUCGGACGGCUGACUUCGUCUUCAUGUUCCUGUUCGGCGGCCUGCUGAGACCGUAUCCUUCUAUCUUCGGCGUCUUCGUGAGCCUGGUCUUCCUCGGCCAGGCCUUCACCAUCAUGCUGGUGUACAUCUGGAGCCGCAGGAACCCCAACGUGCGCAUGAACUUCUUCGGCCUGCUGAACUUCCAGGCGCCCUUCCUGCCCUGGGUGCUGAUGGGAUUCUCCCUGUUGCUAGGAAACUCCAUCAUCGUCGACCUGCUCGGAAUCGCUGUGGGUCACGUCUACUACUUCCUGGAAGGUUUCCCCAACCAGCCUGGAGGCGGACGCUGGCUCAGGACGCCGUCCAUCAUAAAGAUGCUGUUCGACACGCCGGAGGAAGACGCCAACUACAACCCGCUGCCCGAGGACCGGCCCGGCGGCUUCGCCUGGGGGGAGGGCCAGCGCCUGGGCGGCUAGCCCGCGGUGCCUUCAGGGACCCUGAUACGGGAAGGGGACGGACGCGCUCGGUGUGUUCCUGGUCUUUGUUAGUUCUCGGUGAAGAAUGCCAAACAGCCUGGACUGCUGGGGAGGAAACGGUUUUGUUGUUUGUGUUUUGGCUUUGAUCAUCUUCAGAAACUCUUCGCCGGCGCCGAAUCGUCACGCCGACGCCGUUUCCAGGAGCGCCGCAGUUCGGGACUGCAGACAAACGUUGGACAAUGAGUCUGCGAGACUCCAUAUUUAUCUUGGUCUCAGAUUAAAAUCCCGACGUGUGAAAAAGAUUUCAAUAUAAAACAGAAUUUCUUCCUUCUUUCCACUUUUUAAACAAAUAAAUGUGUGCAGCAGCAAA